UCUAGACGGCAGAAAUGUCGCAGAAGUGAAUGAGAGUCUGUCGUGUGUAGUGCGUGUGUGAUAGUUAGGACGGAAGUUGCUGGGAUUCUUGUUCGAAUUUCGCCCCUCUAAAAAAAACUUUAAAAUAUAUUGUGCUACCACCCUGACUUCUACAAUGAGUGAUUCCUCGCCUAACACCCAGAACAUAGCAGAUUAUUUGGCACAAUUAAUUAAAGACAGAAAACAAAUAACUGCUUUCCCAAGCGUCUUUUUGCACGUUGAAAGGCUUCUGGAUGAAGAAAUUGCCAAGAUUCGUGGCAGCCUGUUCCAAAUAUCGGGAAAUGCCAAGCCUGAGGCAUUACCUGAACCACAGGGAACUGUGGUCAACCUCACAGAGAAGGUCUACGUUCCAGUACGGGAACACCCAGAUUUCAACUUUGUCGGCCGGAUUCUGGGCCCCCGCGGCAUGACGGCCAAACAACUCGAACAGGAAACCGGCUGUAAAAUCAUGGUCCGCGGACGGGGCUCCAUGAGGGAUAAGAAAAAGGAAGAGAUGAACAGGGGUAAACAGAACUGGGAACACCUCAGUGACGACUUGCACGUGCUCAUUACCUGUGAGGACUCUGAGAACCGCGCCAAGGCCAAGAUUCAGCGGGCCGUCGAAGAGAUCAAGAAACUCUUAGUGCCAUCGGCGGACGGUGAAGACGAGCUGAAGAAGCGGCAGCUGAUGGAACUGGCCAUCAUCAACGGCACCUACCGGGACUCGAGCAGUGACGCGGCCGGUCCGCGGCUGCAGCAGCUCGGUCAGAUGGCCGGCCUGGGCGGCCUGAUGACCACCAUGUGCCGCACGCCGGCCUCGCUGGGCGCGCCGCUGAUGCUCUCGCCGCGGAUGGCCGCCGGCACGGCACUCAUCAACUCUGCUCCGCCUCCGCUCAUCUCGGCCGGCGACGCGGCGCUCAUGUACGCCCAGUACGCGCCCGACUACGCUGCGCAGUACGCGGCGGCGGCGCAGGCGCAGCUGACCGCGCCGCCGCCGCCCCUGCAGCUCUCCGACUAUGCGGCGGACAUCACUGGUGCCGCCGCCUCCAAGCACCGUCAGAUGCUGACCCAGGGCCGCGAACACCCCUACCAGCGGGUGGGCUCCAUGUCACAAAUGUAGCUCGUGCGCGCUCGCCAGACACCUGCGCCUCCUUCGAUCGGAGCAGAUGUGUCCGCUUGGCCGGCCAGAGCUAACCGUCCCGUAACGCCCCAUCGCCCGGCGGAGCCACGCGCCGCGAGGAGCGCCGACGGAGCAGCGGGGCCGUCUGCAAGUUGACGGCCGACGGGCGGAGCUGAGGGAGUGAGUGAGAGUGUGUGAGUGGGUGAGUGAGAGAGUGAGAGUGCCGAAUCGAGUUGAACGGGUGCCGAGUAGAGAUCUGGUCGCCGCGCACCGCCCACGAAUCUCUCGCCAUGGUCUUUUCGAGUGGUGCGGAGUUCGCCUGGGUAUUUUCGAGAUUUAUUUCUGAGAAAAAUCCGUAUGGGGAGUUUUCUAUAAUAGUAGAGUAUCAUGAGCAGACGUGGCAGGUUUUAGGCGCGCCUUUCUGUGCUGGCAGCCGGAGCCCGCCUCUGAGAUUAUUGUGGGUGUCCGGCGGGAGGAUGGGUCAUGGCACCGCUCCGCAGCGUACAACUCUGAGUGCCAACAUUGGACUAUAAGGGGUGAGCUGGCCUCGCACGGCCGCCACGCACAUUCAUAUUGCCAUCGGUGGUUUGAUUUGUACUUGUGUUUUGCCGCGCAUUUUUUGUAUUUUCGCGCCAUAGUGGAGUCUUGACCUUUUUGUUCGCUCGCCAGCCUCAUUUUACGUGGCAGCUGGCUGUGGGCGUCUAGGCCUACGUACUUAAUCUCAGCCCAGCUUUGUUUUUUAGACAGGCAGUUUGUAUGUGCAAUUAUGGAGCGGAAAUCUCAUCAUACUUUCUGGUGCGUGGCUUUGUCAUGGCUGCCGGAGCGCUCAAACUAUACCUACACCAGACUGGUUACUGAUCCACUGGUUUUCGAUUAGCUGUGUCGAUAAUUAUUAUUUUAAUGUUUGACUCGCUUGUUAUGUGUUUAAACAGGCUUUGCGGAUUUAGAGAAAGUGAUUUGCUUUCAGAUUAACCUUUGAAUUACAUACUCACUGUUAAAUUAUGGUUCCACAUAAAAUUUACUAUCUUUGAAGUAGCCCAGACAGUUUUACCGACAGAUAAGCACAAAUUACAUGAAUUCAGCGUCGCGAAUCCGCUUGGUGAAUUAGAUGGAUUGUAAAUCAGACCAGUGGAAUCAGUAACCAGCUUGUGUUUCACGCGAACCUGUUCAGCUUAUGUGCCCCGAACAUCGAGAAUCUGUGCCAAACGUGUGCCUUAACAACGUGUUUAAUGUACUAGAAGAUCACUUGUUUUCAUUUGAAUAAACGUAUAUUUAGAAUUGGU